GUGUCUUUGUUUUUGUAAACUAUGUAGAAGCUGAUAUAAACUACCACCUUAUCUUGGAUAAAUGGAGAACACUCCGUUUAUCAACCACAUUAGUUCAGACCUGUGUUUUGUCCAGCUUUCUGUUUUUCUGCGAUUCCCUGGCUUUUCUCAAGGACACCUUGUUGUCCCCCAGGUCCUUCUCCAUAGGCAUCAACUCCAGCCUGUGCCAGUGUCCAGGGCUUUCCCUCCCUACCCGAGUUUGAAUGUCAGACAAUUCUCUGCCCAGCUCUCACUCCUCUUCCAAGAGGAAGCUGUGGCCAUGCCUGGGCUGGCAUUGCCCUCGGUCCCCGGUGCCACCUGGGCUGUCCCCUCAUCCCCAGGGUGUCCCCAGCUAGGUGAGGGGUCCCUAGCCAGGGGAAGGGUCCCCAGCUGUGCUUUCUUGCAGAAAAUCACCACCAAGAACGCCUUUGGGCUGCACCUGAUCGAUUACAUGAGCGAAAUCCUGAACCAGGAGGACUCGGGGCUCACCAACUUCCAGAUGGCAGCGGGGACUCUGGAUGCCAGCGCCAAGAUCUACGCCUCGCGCGUGGAUCGCAUCCACGCCGACACCUUCAGGGUCCUGAGCCACCUGGGCAACGAGACAGCCUCUGCCAGGGACCCGGACAGCCCUCAGCAAGGCUCCAGCCCAGACCCCAAGGAUGCCAAGAAGUCUCAGCCAAAGAAGAAGCAAACCUUCAAAAGCAUCGAGCAGAACCUGAGCAAAAUCAACAGGCCCGACAGCAGCCGCAGGGCCGAGGUGGAUCCCAUGUUCCAGAGAUCAAUCGCCUCCUUCGACGAGUGCAACACUGCCGGCGCUUUCAUGACGAGGCUGCGCUGCCAGGACUUCAGGAGCCGGCUCCUUUUCCCUUCCGAAAUUGUCCCUCUGCCCUCCUCGGAGAGCCUGGCCCUGCCCAGCACCCAGCCCGUCACCGUGCCGGGUCUCAAAGCCCUGCUGACCUCGUGCCUGGAAAAACGCCGGAUCUGCUCCUCCCUGGCCGGAUUCCAGUUCACCAACUGGGAUGAGGAGUCCCACAUCGAGUCGGCGUCGGCACUCCUGGAGAAGUUCCGGAAGAGCAAGCAUGCCUUCAAUCCCAACCUGGAUCCCGACAGCGAGGAUGAGGAGGGCUGCGCCCCCUCCCAGCCGGAAUUCCAGCCCGAAUCCCCGGCCGGGGACGGGAGCCAGGAAUUCCCAGCCAGCGGAGAUGGAGACUCCCUCGGCCACAGCAGGAGGAGCGAUGGAGCUCCCUUGGCAGAGGGGGACAUCAGCGUGAUGAGCCAGCACGUGUCCCUGAAUCCCGGGGAAUAUUCCUACUUCAGCCCCCGCGUCCUCUCCAUGUGGGCCGGCCCCGAGCACUGGCGCUUCCUGCCCCACCAGCCCCCAGCCCCUGGCGCAAAGAAGGAUUCCCGGCAGAGGGUUCCCAGGACGGCUUUUGAGCUGGACUUCGAUGCGAAAAUCGACUUCGAGUCCUAUUUCCGGCAGACCAAGGCACCCACAACCUUGUCCAAAUCCACCCUGAAACGCCACAACAAGCGGAACACCACGCUGCCGGCAGACUUCAACUACGACCCCCAGAACCUGCUGCGGCUCUUCCUCAAACCCCAUGUCAAGGUCAGGCCGAGCUCAGAUCCCAUGGGAGCCUUGGACAGCGAGGAUGCAAUUGAGGAUUACGACUACAACAACCCCAACGACACCUCCAACUACUGCCCUGCCCUGCAGGUCUCCGACAGCGAUGACGAUUCCGAUCCCGCGGAAUUCCCGGGCCAGGCCGAAGCGUUGCCGCUCCCGGCUCAUCCCGAGGCUCCGGAGUGCUCCGGGAUCGCCAGAGGGAACGUCCCGGAAUGCACGGAGCUGGAGCUGAUCGACGAGCCCCACAAGAUCAAGAAGAUCCCCAUCCAAUACGCCAGGACGGCCAAGAGGAUUGACAUGAGGAGGCUGAAGAGGACCAUGUGGAAACUGCUGACGGAGCGGGAAGAGGGGGAGGAAAGCGACGAAGAGACGGACAAGAAGGUGGUCGGACUCAAAACGCUGAGUGGCCUCACCAAGGAUCUGCUCCACAGGCUCCCUCCUAGCAUGGCCGCCGACCUGUCGGUGCCCUUGGCCUUCAGCUGCCUCCUGCACCUGGCCAGCGAGAAGAAUUUGAAGCUGGAGAACACCGAGGACCUGUCGGAUGUCCUGGUGAGAGGAGAAGACUGACCCCAUCUGUCGGAACUCAAAAUGUCCCUCAGACAUUUUUAGAGGUUCCAGGCCUUGGUCAGAAGCAUUUUAGACCCUGGCAAGCAGCAGAAAACAGCUGUAAUUUUGAGUUUAAACCAUGGAAUUUUAAAGGUGAAACAAGCAGUCACAGAGGAUUAGAUAAUAUAGUAAAAGUAGUCACAAAUUAGAGGGUAAAAUGUUUAAAUAUUGUACAAGAGAGUUUUAACACCUGUACAGGGGGGGUUUUACUUUAUACAAAAGAGUCAAGAAUUCUAAAAUGGAAGAAUGCUGAGAAUUCCCAAAUCCCAAAUCCCUCGGGAAGGACAUUCAGGGAUGUCCUGGCUGGACAGAUCCAGCCAAGAUCCAGCAGCUUUUCCCUGGGAUUGAGAAUUCCUGCACUUCACUGUGAACCCCGGCUGCUCUGUGUCCCAAAAUUUCCUCCUCUCUGUGUCCCAAAAUUUCCUCUCUCUCUGUGUCCCAAAAUUUCCUCUCUCUCUGUGUCCCAAAAUUUCCUCCUCUCUGUGUCCCAAAAUUUCCUCUCUGUGUCCCAAAAUUUCCUCUCUGUGUCCCAAAAUUUCCUCUCCUUGUGCUUCCCAGUCUGUAGUUCCCACUUUUUUGACUGACUGUUACUCCUGGUCUCCAUUCCCUGGGAUUAUUCCUGGUUUUUCACUGUUAUUAGAGAUAAUAAAUUCUGAACACUUUGGA